AGCGGAUCUUCCAUUUGGUUGCCCCUAUGUAAAUCCAAGCCAAUCCAGAUCAUCCAAUUCAACAUCCAAACCUCCAUCUUCAUUCCUGUUCCAACCUUGCAGCUCCCUUUUUUGUCUCUUGAAAUCAAGUAGUCAACGCGUAGCUCGAUCUUGGCCCCGCCCGUUGAUCGCCUUGCGGUAAACAGACCCCUUUCUUAUUCCCUUUGGUGUCUGUCUGUAACUGUCUGAAGUCAGCAUCAAGGCUAUCUCCGCAAAGUUUAUUCUACCUACACUACGUUACACGCGACUUCGAUUGUCGCAAGGUUGUCCGCUUCAAACUUUACUGAUCAACCAUCCUUUUUCGAAGCUCUGUUUCUCCUUUUGAAUUGCGGCCUCGACCGCCGACAGUUUUUGCGACCCGACGAUCGAUUCUCUUUCUUGAACUCAACAACAACGAUCCCGACUGCCCAUCAUGAAGAUCCGAACCACACACUCGCCUUUGGUCCUUCUCCUUCUCCCUGCUGUAGCAAAUGCGCUCGCUUCUAAUGAUAUCGCCGACCUACCUGCCCCAGGAGCCGCGAUUACAGAACAGACCGAUGGCCUGCCCCAGGCUGGCGUUAAGCGUCAUGAUGUCCCAACGAAAUAUGCCCCCGUAGAUGGCAGAGACGGAAAGCCUCACCACGGACCCUUUAUCGAGAUAGACGAUCACAAGAAGACCCCUGAAGUGGCCCUUGAAGCUGGUUCCGACACUGCAGCAGGAUCUGGCUUGGGGGCUGGAGCUGGAACGGGUGCAUCAGCAGGUGCUGGAGCUGGCACAGAACCCAAAACUGGAACCGAAGCUGCUCCCAAAAUUGACAGCAACCCGGAUUCCCUUCCUGGACUUAAAGGCCGACCCGAAGACCCGACUGUCGUAGAUGGCGAAAAGAUCCCCGAAACCAAUGAUGGUGUCAUGUUCGACACUAACCGAGUCCACGCCCAAGAAGGCACCACUGGAACUGAAGGCGGUGUGACUGAGAGGUCCCGAGCCCGAAAACUUGAAGAGGAAAACGCUGGCGAGGAGACCUUCAGAAAACCCUCAUCACCUAAGGAGGCGCCUCCUCUGCCACACAGUGAAGAGGAAAAGAUUCGUGCUUCUGGUGGGGACAAGGCCAAGGAGCUUAGCGAUGACACUGGCAGUGCAAAGGUAGAAGACGUUGUGCCCAAAGCUGCGAAGCCCGUUAUCAGCAAUGACGAUAGGCAUGAUUACACUGCGGGACUGGAGAAACCUGCCGAUCUUCCCGACCGACCCGUUGGACAGAAUAAACCCGUUUCAGAAGCAACAAAGACUGAGCCCAUCGAUUUGAGCCGAGGGAAGACACACGAUGGACGCCAUGACGACGAGAGUAUUAUCCAGCCAUUCCACUCCUUUGUGCUAUCCUUCACCAUGAUUUUGGUCUCUGAAGUUGGCGACAAGACGUUCUUGGUUGCAGCUCUCAUGGCUAUGAAGCACGACCGUAUGGUUGUGUUCACUGCUGCUUUUGGUGCUCUUCUUGUCAUGACUGUACUUUCGGCUGUUCUGGGCCAUGCUGUUCCUACUCUCAUCCCUAAGCGUGUCACUAGUUUCCUCGCUGCUGGCCUCUUCUUCGUUUUCGGUGCGAAGCUCCUGCGAGAGGGUAUGCAGAUGGAUCCUAACGAGGGCGUCUCUGCAGAGAUGCACGAGGUUGAACAAGAGCUUGCCGAAAAGGAAAAGGAGAUGGGCCGAAAGCGAGGCGACUCUGUGUCUGCUUACACUCUUGAGAUGGGUAUGAAUGGCAACGGCCGCAGGUCUCGACCCAGCAACCGUCUGAUGUCUCCUCCUCGAUCGCCUUCUCAGUCGCCUGUGCGAGAUGCUCGCUCGGGCUCAGGCGCUGUUGCCAGCAUUGUUCAGGGCGCUACCAACCUAUGCUCUCUGCUGCUUAGCCCUGCCUGGGUUCAGACCUUCAUCAUGACCUUCCUCGGCGAGUGGGGUGAUCGAAGUCAAAUUGCUACUAUUGCUAUGGCGGCCGGUCAGGAUUACUGGUGGGUGACCUUGGGUGCUACGUGCGGCCAUGCCAUCUGCACUGGUGUUGCUGUUAUUGGUGGUCGAGCUAUUGCCGGUCGAGUCAGCCUGAAAGUUGUCACUGUGGGUGGUGCCACUGCUUUCCUCAUCUUUGGCGUCAUUUAUCUCCUGGAGUCUCUCUACAGCUAGAGGCGCCCUCGCGAAUGCCAAAUUUCUUUUCUCGUUAAUAGACCACGGUUUGAGGGCCUAUCGUCAACUGAGACCAUUUGCCUACUUGACGCCUAACUCGUUGUAAUAUUUAACGGCCUCUCUCUUUUUUCUGACAGGAACUCGCGACCAAGGGACCAAGAUCUUCAGGCGUACUCUGCUGGGGUAGAUCUUUUGUAUAAUUACGUGGCUGAGAUAAUCUCAGCCUCAUGUUCGAUUCAGUGCACAUGGACACUGAUCUCCUUUGCCAAGACGCGUGGCUUGGAGUAUUGAUAAGGGGAAUGAAGACUAAGAAAAUAUACGCAAGGGAGGAGCUGGAACUGGAAAGGAGGUAAAAAAGUGGAGAGAAUCGAUUGGACUGUUCAUCAAUUCUUAUAUGAAUUGCUGGGAAUUGCUUCGAGUUUUGUACGGAAUGGAAAGGAAUGAGCGUGAAUGAUAUUCAUGGAUUCGAGCUAUGAUUAGCUGUAAAUAGCAGCUGUCUCGGUAUAGCCGUGAUGACAUGUUAAUGUACGAUAAGGCAUCACAAGACAUAUCCGGGUCAGAAAUACUGUUUCUCCUGUAGAAAUUACGCCCAUUCACAUAGAGGCUUCCAUGCGUUCACCGUUAUCAAGUCACUGCCUGAAUGAUCUUGAAAGGAGCAGG